CACCACCACCAUCAUCAUCUUGUAAUGAGCAGUUUGAGUAUGAAUCAUCUGGUGAGGUGGGUGGGUUAAGAGAUGGGAUGUUCUUCAUCCAAAGUGGAUAAUGAAGAGUCGGUCCGGUUGUGUAAAGACAGGAAGAGGUUCAUUAAACAAGCAGUGGAAUAUAGGUUUCAGUUUGCCUCCGUUCACAUUGCUUAUAUCCAAUCAAUGAAGCGCGUCUCAGCUGCUCUUAGAGACUAUGUUGAGGUAGACGAGCCUCGCGAGUUCUGUUUGGAUCCAUUCACCGCGUCCCGGUCUCUCCCACCACCUGUUAAGAGAGUGAAACCCUCUGGAUUCAUAUCCAUUGAACCCACAUUGAGAGUUAACUACUACCUUAGACCCCGUGGGAAUCCUUCGGUUUCUGUGGAGGAGAGACCACCUCAAACACCUGAAACAUUCAACAUUCAUGCGUAUUCUCCUCCUGCGCAUCAUCAAUAUGGUGGGAUGGAUGAUGGGUUUUUCUCUAUGCGAUCUCCACCCACGAGCAAUAUGCCUGAUGCUUCUCCCCAGAAUAAUUCACCAUGGGAUUUUUUAUGGAACCCGUUUGCUUCAUUGGAUUACUAUGGUGGUUAUCCCACGGCAAGUAACAGCCCUGGUCCUGAAAUUUUGGAUGAUGAUGGGUUAAGGCAUGUUAGGGAAACAGAAGGGAUCCCUGAUCUUGAAGAGGAGUCUGAAAAUGAAGAAGAAAGUACAUGCAGGGAAAGUGCAAGAGAAGAUGAGAGACAUAAUAGGUUUCAUCAGAAAGUCAAUAAGGAAGAAGUCUUGGUGGAAGAUGUUGAUGAUGAGAGUGAUGAUGAUGAUAGUGAUGAAGUUGAUGAACACAUUAAUACAGAGCAUUGUGUUGGAGGGUUUAACUCAAAUCCUAAUCUUCACACUCAAGGAUUGAAUUCAAAUGCCACCAACCAUCCUUCUCAAGGAGUAAACUUGAGUUCAGCCAAUCAGCAUUUUCAAGGAUUACACUCAAAUGACAAACCUCAUUUUCAAGGAUCAAACUCAAAUGCCAAUCAUCAUUUUCAAGGGUCAAACUUGAAUGACAACCUCCGUUUUCAAGGAUCAAACUCAAACGCCAGCCGUCAUUUUCAAAAUUUAAACCCAAAUGUCAUCCCCCAUCAUUAUCAAGGAUCAAACACGAAUGCCAAUCGUCAUCAUGUUCAAGGAUUUAACACAAAUCCAAAUAAUUAUUAUCAUGAAUUACACCCAAAUGGCAACCGUUAUUUUCAAGAAUCGAACUCAAAUGCCUAUUGUGAUUUUGAAGUACAAAGUUCAAAUGCCGAGCGCCAUGUUCAAGGAGUAAGGUAUAAUGCCAAUCACGGUACGGCAGUGGCUAGGGCACAAAACACAAGGCACCUCACUACUAAAGAGACAGCAGUUGCUGGUUGUGAACCGAAGAAGGAAAUGUCGGGAUUUACAGUUUAUGUCAAUAGAAGGCCAACAAGCAUGGCAGAAGUUAUUAAGGAACUUGAAGCCCAAUUUACCAUUGCCUGCAAUUCAGCUAAAGAGGUGUCAUCUAUAUUGGAGUCUAUCAGGGCUCAGUAUUCGCCCACAUCAAAUGACAUGAAAUCCAUGAAAAUGCUAAACCCAAUAGCUCUCAUUCGCUCUGCGUCUUCAAGAUCAUCUUCAUCUAGAUUUUUGAUAAAUCCUUCCAUUUUAAAAGAUGAAAGUUAUCAAAGCAACAGUGAUAUAUCAGACGAGUCCUCUAUGUUUUCAAGCAGCCACCAGUCAACCCUGGACAGAUUAUAUAUUUGGGAAAAGAAACUUUACCAAGAAGUUAGGGCUGGUGAGCGAGUUCGCUUAACGUAUGAGAAGAAAUGUGCACAACUCAGAAAUCUAGAUGUGAGCGGGGCGGAUCCUUCUACUAUUGAAAAAACAAGAGCAACCAUUAGGGAUUUGCAUACUCAGAUAAAAAUAUCGAUACACUCGGUCGAGUCAAUCUCGAAAAGGAUUGAAUCUUUAAGGGAUGAUGAACUUCAGCCUCAGCUUUUACAACUGGUGGAAGGGCUAGGUAAAAUGUGGAAGGUGAUGGCGGAGUGCCACCAUAUACAGAAACGAACACUCGACGAUGCUAAACUGUUACUAGCCAGCACACCGUCCACCAAUUCAAGAACCAAGAAAUACACAAUAAUGUCGCAAUCUGAGCCUCACCAGCUGGCUCGCUCAGCAGCCAACCUUGAGAUGGAGCUGAGAAACUGGAGAGCUUGUUUCGAGUCGUGGAUCACUUCUCAACGGUCCUACUUGCAAGCAUUGAAGGGAUGGGUCUUGCGUUGCCUCAGCAAGGAUUCUGGGAAGUCAAAGCCCGCACGCUCUCCUCCUCCCCCAGAGGGGGGCCCGCCGAUAUUCAACGUGUGCAUCCAGUGGUCAACACUGUUGGACAGCGUGAGAGAGCGUCCCGUGCUGGAAGGAAUGGACUUCUUCGCGGCAGGGGUUGGUUCUUUAUAUGCACGCCAGAUGAGAGACGACGCGCGGUGGAGCAAUGGUGGGUCAAGGCGGUUCAGCGGCGGUGAUGCCACUAACAACAUGGAGCUGGUGGAAGUUGGGAGAGUGGAUGGUGGUGAUGAUGAUGAUGAUGAGGGAGUCAUGACAGCUGAGAAGAUGGCUGAGGUUGCCAUUAGAGUGCUUUGUGCUGGGAUGUCAUUUUCUGUGAGCUCACUCACAGAAUUUGCUCUUGCAUCAGCUGAAGGGUAUGCAGAUUUGAUCAAGAACUGGGAAGAGAGAAAUUCCAGUAGAAAUGGAAACUCCUUCACAGUAUAACUUUAGGGUAGUCAAUUAUUAUCUAGUGUCUUAAUUGAGUAGGUACAGUGUAAAUUAUUGGAGCAAGUGUUUGGCGUAGACCGUAGUAGUUAUUUAAUCAUAUAGAGCAAUGGGUUCUUUAAUUUUGUGCCAUGGCAAAGACUAUAGAUAAUGAAAGAAAAGCUCAAUGUUUCU